AACUAAUCUCUCCAUUUCGUAAUUUCUCUUCUUGAUUGUCCCUAAUGUAAAGUGUCUCUUGCUAUUGACAUGUAAGUGUUCGAGAUGACUUUUAUGCUAAGUUCCUAUGAUUUGAUAAAUUACUUUAGCCCUGAAAACCUUUUUUGCUUCUGACAUGUUGAAGGUUAUGUGUCAUAAUUCUGUUAAUGAUAUGAAUCUGACUUAUGCUUUAAAUAUGAAAUCAAUCAAACACUGAUGUUGAUUAAUGUUUUAAUCAUGAUAUGAUGUAACGUUUAAGCUUUUUGGACUGAAAUAAUUCUUGCAUAGAUCUUGAUUAAAAACAUGUAAACAGACAUUUUGAUAUAAUUUCUAAACAUUUAAUCAGCUCAUAAAUUGCUUACAAAUAUCAAUGUUAGGAUAAUCCUAAGCAUAUAAACUGCAGAUUAAUAACACAUUAAUAAGACAUUUAUGAUGUAAACAGCUUGAAAUUAGUGUAACUGAUAUCAGUUUCAAGUGUGUUAUUAGAGUGACUUACCAAAUAUCACUUUGUGCUUCAUGCAGUGAUGGCCGAUUUCAUAGUCUCUCCUUUCAUGUUGUUUGUAUGCUGUUGUGCUCAAGCAUAAGCUUUAAGAAUAAUGUGUUGUGUGUAUUUUUAUAGUUACGCUGCAGGGUGUGUAAAAUAUAAAAGCUUUCUGAACGAUGUGUGCUCCCCACAGGAGACAUGAGACUGCAGUUUGUAAAGUCAUUAGUGCAUUACCAAGGACGAUAUGCAGAUAGCUGGGUGUUGAAUCAUGCAUUGGAACACUUCAAAUUACUCCAUUCAUCAAUGUCCAAGUCAUCAUUAAUCUCCUAGAUUUAUGUAUUUCUGUUCAUUUGGCAAAGCUUAUCAGAUUGCACGUAUGGUAGUUUGAUCAUGAGAGUGGUAGACAUGAUUGUGUACUUGAGGGACCGUAAUGGCAUCUUCUACAGCAUAGAAGAUGGCCAUCUUGCCCAGGCCGAGGAGUUGCUGGAUAUGACAAUCCAGGAACAGGGUUUGAGUCCCAUCGCACGGGAAGUAUUCGCAGUAUGGCUUGUCUCAGGCCUUCUGGAGAUCAGAUUAAAAAAAAAUCAUCAACCGCAUCAAGUUGUGCAAAAGUGGGAUGAGUUAUGUGUUCUGUAUACCGAUGUAAAGCUGUCUGACAUUGAAAAAAGUGAGCCAGUUCUGAUGGUGCAGAGAGACGUCUUCUUUCCCAUACAAAAAGAAAAAACGAUCACGAAUGAGGAGAUUCUCUGUUUGCUGUACCAUGAGGCCAAGUUCAAUGUGAUCGAGGGCAGGUACCCCCUUCACUCAGAGGAUUACCACACCUUGGCCGGCUUACAGGCCCUCAUACACCUUGGCAAAUACAAUCCUAGGGAGCAUGUGCAGGCAGAAUACAGGGCAAACCUGAUCAAGUUCUACCCAGACCACAUGUUCCAGAAGGAGAAGUUCCUGUUCUUCACGAGGAAAGAUGAGAGUGCCAAGUGUGAGGAACAGUUCAUGUCGGCUCACAUCCGCUUGUCUAAACAGUAUGAAGAACUGGAUGUGCAAACACAAUUAGGCAAACUCUACCGGGAAUACCUGGAUAUAUGCUGGUCCUACCCAUUCUAUGGGAGUGCCUUCUUCAGUGGACAGGUGGAGACGCCUACACACAAGUUCAUGAAGAUGAUCAAGAGUGCACCAGACACCAAGGUGCUUGUGGCCAUCAACACAGAGGGAGUCAGUAUCAUAGACAAAGAAAAGGAGACCCUGCUGCUCUAUGCACCGUUUGACAAGUUGCUGUGGGAGUAUCGGGAGGCUGAGUUUGAUGGUGAUGAUGACAUCAUGCCGUCCCUGUUCCUGCAGUUCCUUGUCAGGGGAGAAGAGCAGGAAGUCACAAAGCUGCUACAAAUCUAUUCAAGAGAGGCUAAGCUCAUGAAUGCAUUGAUCAACACUUGUGUCAUGAAGAAGAAGUUAAGCAGGAAGGAAGAUGGUGUCGACUUUGUCGACGCAGGACUUUUCCCUAGUAGGAAUGAUGCAUCACAUGCCUCUAAGGUCUGCAAUAAGCUAGACAAGCUCUGUUUGACAACCUACACAAAGAAAGGUGAAUGCAUAGACUGAGUCAUCAACACCAUUUGCACAGAACGUCUCAGGGGAGGUAAUCUCAAGUGCUACGCCUAGUGACUGCAGCAGAGCAACCACAAGAUCAACUGGUACACACUCUGGAGAAUAACUUUAACAGACCCACAGUCCUCGGGUCUGCAUAAAUUUAGCUUGUGUCAGUCAACCCACAUGCAUAUUCAGUGUGGGUCACUCCCUGUCCAUAGAUCAGGUCAUGUUGACCAGAAAGAUCUCCGGUUCAGUCUACAGGGCAGGCCCUGUUUACAUGAACAGCUCCAGAAACUACAAGCAGUCCAGUGCGGGACUAACAGCCAUGACAUGAGGACUGAAUGAGCUACUCUCCUCUAUUCCGUGAGGACAAGUCACACAAGGUUAUUCUUGAAUCUGUCUACCACUGAUACAUUUGAUAAUCAAUUGCUGAGAUGCACAUCAUUCACAGUGAAAUAUUUUGAUGGACUAACAGUGACAUUCUUGGAACAUGCUGUGAAUUGAAAGCAAAACAGGACCUGCAAAUAAGACAUUAGGGAGCAUUACUAAAUAUUACAUAUCAUGUCACUAGGUCAGUGAUUUUGUGUUUCUUAUGAAAAAGGGCUGUGUUUCCUCUAAUGCCACAUCCCUGUACUUUCACAUUGCCAGUGUUUGUCAGCUUAUUUCUGUGUUUCUGUUGAGCAGUGUUAUAUUUCCUCACAGAUUUUUAUAGACAAUAAGGUUAAUGUUCAUGUACUGGAGUAACGUCACCCUUGACUGUCCUGUGUAUUACAUCCCCAUCUUGUUAUGGUAAAUGGGUGCAUUCACUAUCACCGGUUUGAGCCCUGUUCAAGUAAUGCAGCAGAAAUAAUAGUGAUCCAGUAAUAUCCAACAGGAUCGAGUCAUGGGUUAAAUACAUUUUGUUAAUUUAGUAAUAAGAGAGACUGACAUGAUGACAUCGCUUUAGAAGUGAAGCUUUUGAAUGGUUUCAGGGUACUUCUACCCUUGAUAAUCGAAGAUGGGACAAUGUAUGCUUCAUUGUGAAAUACACAGAGUUCAUACAAGCUGGGAGUUUGCAAUGGAGAGACUGUUGUCUGCUGUUAGGUGUAGAUGCAAAGCUAAGUGAUAAUCAUUAAUUCUUAAUCAAGUUCUGGAAUAUAGUAAUAGUUGAUGUAAUUCAUUGUAAGCUGUGAUCAUGAUCAGUAUGGUUAUAUUAAUAUGAUUUCAUAUAAACAAAGAUCAUACACCGACAGCUGUACAUGAACAGAUCCUCAGUCUUGUCUCUUGAUCCAUGCUAGUAUUAUCAUUGACAUACAUAUCAGUUUAUUCAUUUUUUCAAUACUUGCACUGUCAUUUUGGUGAUUAUUAUCAGUCCCCCAUGACAUUACAUUUUAGACAGACAUGUUGUUUGUUCUGUAUGGUUUCAUUUGCUGAUGUUGAUUAUCUCAACAGUAAGAGACUCAGUAUAACUGAUAUAUGUAUUCCUUAAGACUUAUUGCAGUGUUGUUUUUGUGACAUUAUUUUAUGUAUGAAUAGAUAUAACAAAAUGUCAAAUCAGUACAGUCGUGUAAUUAUUUUACCCAUGAGUAAAUGUUCAAUCCUCAUCAAAUCGUUUCAUGUGACAAGUUACCAUGUUUACCAGAUUAACAGAUUUGUUGGAAAACAAUUUCUAGAGAAUCAUUGCUAGGGUUAUAUGUGGUCCCACUUAUUUUCUAUAAUUGAUAUUUCUAUUUUUCUGCUAUUUUUGUUCACCUCAAAAGUUAUUUUUACUUUUAAACAUUCAGUUUGAUUCAGUGGUGCAUUCCAGUAUAUUUUAUUUUUUAUUUGAUUUGUUUCAGUUCAUUUGUAAUCAGAGUCAUUUCAUCACCAUUAAUGUAACACAGAUGUUAGUUAUUUGUUCUUAUCUUAUGUUAAUAUAUAUUUUCGGUCAUACAUGAAUAUUCAGUUGAUGUAGCCACAAGACAGCUGAGAUUAAACCGACCAGAAAGUGCAAUGUGAACUUGCAAUCCCACAAUAUGAUUGGAAUUAGUCACAAGACAUUAGACAUUAGACACAAAGCAGUAUGUGAAUAGCAAAAAUAGCAGUUUUUAUAUUUAGUUUUCAUAACCAUCCUUGAAUGCAGUAACUGUUCACACUUAUUUGAUGGACAAACUUCCAUUUUGAAUAUAGGCAGAAAGUCUGAUAUGCAGAUCUCUGUUCCAGAAAGUGAUCCUUAUGUUGCUUUGAAUAAAUCUCCUAUACAGCAACAUAAACUUGAUGACAAUUGUAACUAUAAUGUGGUAUAACAGACUUCAUGAUAACUACAGCACCAGGCAUCCUCGAUAAUCUCCAGGGUACAUGUUCCUAUAAAUCUCCACCAAUACCCUGGAUGCACCUACGACUCGGCCCAACAGUUUUAUUACCUCCCUUUGCUGGCUCAGCCUUCUCACGGUAGCCAAUCAGAUAAGCCAUCACAACCAAGUUUGCCAGUGUCAACAAAGAUGGUGGCUGCAACCGCGAAGGUUUGCUCGCUGUGUGACUCAAAUUUAGGAAAAAAAUCAUAAAGACAAAUUGACAGGUCUGAAACCUUCAACAAAUAUAUGCAAUAAUUCCUUCUACCUUUUUCAGGGUACCUCUGCAACAAUUGUGUUGCCAAGUUUAAUCAGUUAGAUAAAAGAAGCGGAAGUGAGUUAUGAUAGAAGAUUGGUUCCCAGCAUAGACACCUGAUUGGAUAAAAAGCCAGCAAUGGGGGGUAAUAAAAUUAUCGGGCCGAGCCUUAGAUGCAUCCAGGGUACUAGUGGAGAUUUAUCGGAACGUAUACCCUGAGAUUAUUGAGGAUGAUCACCAGGAUGGUUUGACGGAACUUGGACCCAAAAAUUAAAACUUGUAAAUGUAACAGUGUAUCUCUGAGUUGAAUGUCACAGUGUGUUGCUAUGACAACCAUAACUCCCUUACAUCAACAUAGACGCAGGACAAUUGUAGCGUUUGGAUUGCUCUGAUAAGUAUAACAACUUGUGAAACGAUACAUUCAGAUUAAAGGUCAUAUCAUUGAGUUGAAGUGCAUCAUUGCAUCAGUUAAAGAUGACUGCCUUGGCUCAGCAAUGUUCGUGUGUCAGUCAUCAGUGUCAGGUAUUUAAAAUACCCGAUAACUUUCAGACAGACAGGCAUGUCUCACAAAUUCCUAUUCUGGUAAGAACAUCAAGAACAAUACCAAGAGAUGAGAAUAUUUUAUGCUCAUUGUUGAAGUUAUUAGUGCAUAUGCUUUUUUUUUAUUAAUCAAAUCCACAACAAGACCAGCCAGACUGUUGGAUAUGCCUGUUUUAAGACUUGACUGUCAAAGACAUAACAGCCCGUCUAUCAUCCAGCCCCAUCCCUAAUGUUAUGUAGAGAUGUUGGUCAUAACGACAUAUCUUGCCUGAAUGCUUCUAUGCAACAUGAUGUAUCCUGAUCUCUCCCCUAUGCUCACAUGUGCAUCCUGCAAUAUUUACCCUCGUUUUGAUUGGCUUUACUUACCAUGUGUGUCAUGUAAAUAUUACUUCUUAUUUAUGUUUUGUAUAUAACCUCCAUGUGAGAAAAACACUGUUAUUGUAAUUAUAUUUGUAUAUAUGUAAAUCUCAUAGACAUCAAUAAACUAUUAGGACAGUUA